CAGAUUACAACGUUAUCGCUCUAUGCACGGAUUUGUUCGUAGUAUGCUGAGAUUAUCUUUAAUAUAUGUGUCUCCUCCGUUCGCCACACAAUAUUCACGUUUUCCAACAUUUUCGUGGAAGGAUGAGUUCAUCUGAUGGACAUUAUGCAGAAUUUAAUAUAUUGGAACACCAGCAAGUUUAAUAUCAGUAAGCGUAUAGUCAAUGUAUAUAUAGAACGUCAUUAUCAGUAGGCGGAUGAUCGAUAUACAAAAUAAUGACAACCUUAUACUGUUAGAAUCGUUAGAAGAAAGUGCCGAAUGAUAUGGACUGCGUUUUCAAACGGACACUCCUUUGCAUUUACAACAAAUACCAACAUUUGAACAAGAGUUUCAUUAGCGCGUGAUGUACUGUAGAGGUUACAUGACGAAAUCCGAGGCUCUCUUUGCCAGAAUCGUGUUCCUUGUGGAGGUUGCUGAAGUGCUUGCGGCUCUGACUUGUAUGGGGACGUGCCGGGAUGAGAUGAAUGGCUCAGUGUCCUGUAGUCAAGAGAACUACACCGACUACGACAUAAGACUGCUUUCACCAACUGUUCAACCUUGUGGUCCAUCCGAACCGGUUGGUUUUAAAGGCCAGGUGUCGUACCCAACGGAUCGUCAAAGUGCUAAACUCAUGUACACGUGGAAAAGUCCCGAUGAUACUUCCGUUGACGACUUGGUUGGAUUCCAGAUCAGCGUCGGAUUCCCAGGAAGACCGAUAAAAUCACCAACACGAGUUUUUCGAAUAAGGUUUAACAAUUCCUCGACACACCGUGGCUGGUCCUUCCAGUUGAGUUGUACAUACAACGAACCGUCCGUCAACGUCAGAGUGCACGCGAUCUGUACGAGUCUGCCCUUAUGUAGAAACAAGUAUUCAGACAACAGUCUGACCGUAAACAUAUUGCCCAAGCCGUCCCCUUCUCCCUACUCACCAACAGAAAAUGGGCAGAAAGAUGACCAUGCACUUACGACUGUAAACAUAGUAUCGCCGAUACCCACCCCUACUCUCAACUUACCCGCAGGAAGUGGACAGAAAUCUGACCCAGCACUAACCUCUGCUGCUAUCGUAGCUUCAAUAGCAGCAGUGGUGGCUAUUACCAUUUUAGUUUGGUUCAUCCGGCGCAAAGCAUUGGCAACUAAGAAUUUGAGAACCUUGGACAACGCAAGGGAAGGGAGAGAAUCCAUUGAAAGCCGUUCUUCAAACAUACGCUAUUAUAACAACGCCUGCGAAACGAGAAACAUCGCCGAAAACACACGAAUAAGCCUUCAUAAUGGAUACAAUAAUUACGGAGAUAGCGGUGAAAUUGAUAUACAGCGCUAUAGUUUAAAUGGAAGAACGUCUUCCACAGUGCAUUCUAACGAUCCGUGUCCCUUACAUGGGUAUCUUUCUUCAGUAGUCGCGGAUUCACCAGAUAAAUCAAACAGAUAUGUUCCUUACACGGUGUCUAAUGGUACCGCCGUAGUUACGUUCAUACAAACCAACCCUAAUAGGACGCGUACUGAUAACACGCUUGAAAUGUUUGAACUUGUUCCAGAUAAUCUUUCGAGAGAGAAAAAAACAUCGGGAGAAAUGCCGGAGGGUGUUUAUAAAUUAUUAAGAGACUCCCAGAGCAGUACCAUGACAGGGGAGAGUGAUGAGGAGAACGGAGCAUAUGCUUCAACGACCAUUGAAGAAAGAUGGCUGCGGUUGAAUGAAGAGGCUCCUUAAUAUUAUAUAUGAGUUAUGUGUAAACUAAGCCUCAAAAUUUCGUAUUCAAAUUCAAAAAAAAUAUGAGAUAUUUCAUAAAAUAUUCAAACUGUACAUAUGGCUGUAUCGUAAGAUGUAAAGAAUGUAACAAUAAUUAGAAAAAUAAAUCGUAAAUGUGAUUAAAAAGAUUCAAUAAUCUAUAUGAAAUGAUUGUUUUCUUUAAUUGCAUGUAUGGAAAAUAUGCAUUUAGUCUCUCAUCAACUCUUUUGUUUUUUCAUGUUGGCGUCAUUCCGUGUUGCACUAGUUAUCUCCCUUUAAUCACUCCGCGCUCGACCGACUGGUUGUUUUGAUAGUUUAGUUCAAAUGCUAUAAUUUAGUUCCACGAUAAGAAUUAAAUACUUAUUUGAUUGUUUGCAUGAACUAAAUCUCUAAGAAUGUAUGUCUUCCAAACAAAAGAUUUGAAUACAUUGCUUGA